AUGCUGUCAGGUGCGGCCGAAUGCUUGGUUCUCAGCCAGUGCAGUGCAUUGUUUGAGCUAUGUUGCGCAGGGCAUUCUUUGUCCAAGGCCCAAACGUUAUCGCAGCAAGUGAUGGCUCUGCAGUCGCGGCCACCACGUCCGAAUCCUCCGUAUGAGGAGGGGCAGAACACAUGGGUGCGACCUACGUCACCUUUUGCCGAGAAGGGUUACAGUGACAAAGGCUACGGUUGGAAGGGCGGCUAUGGUGGGAAUGAUGGAAAGAGUUACGGGAAAGGCUAUGGCGAUGGAAAGGGCUAUGGCGAUGGCAAGGGGUAUGGCGAUGGCAAGGGCUAUGGCGACGGAAAGGGCUAUGGUGACGGAAAGGGCUAUGGCGAUGGCAAGGGCUAUGGUGGCUGGGAGGGCCGCCAGUACCAAAAUUGGCGCAACUGGUGA